AUGAAGGAUAUUUUACACAGAUUGAGAGGAGAUAUAGGUAGCACUUCCGUAUUGUCUCCCAGUAAUGAGAAUAAAGCCGACAUAGGAUGGAGGAAGUAUUAUAUAAUAGGAGUAGAGUUUAGGGAGGACUGGAAGAAGUACAGGGAAAAUUUUUACAACCGGUGUUGGACGCGAGCAGAUACGGAGGUUGAUCCAACAAUGAAGGAAAAGUUUACUUCUUUGGGAAGAAAGGUGAAGAAGAUUGAUGAUGAAAUGGAAAGGCACAAUGAACUUCUCAAUGAGAUACAAGACAAUCCAACUGACGUUAAUGCAAUAGUUGCACGGAGGCGUAAAGACUUCACAGAGGAAUUCUUUCGCCACCUUAACCUACUUUCGGAAAUUUAUGAUAGUUUGGAGGAUCGUGAUGCGAUGGCCCGGCUGGGGGCUAGGUGUUUGUCUGCUGUCAGUGCUUAUGAUAACACACUGGAAUAUGUGGAGACAUUAGAUACUGCUCAGGCCAAAUUUGAUGAAAUCCUAAAUUCUCCUUCCAUGGAUGUAGCAUGUGAGAAGAUUAAAAGCCUUGCCAAGGCUAAGGCGCUUGAUUCUUCAUUAGUAUUGUUGAUAAACAGUGCUUGGGCUUCAGCAAAGGAGUCCACAACUAUGAAAAACGAGGUCAAAGACGUAAUGUAUCAUUUGUACAAAGCCACAAAAAGCAGUCUUCGGAGCAUUGCACCAAAAGAAAUAAAACUACUCAAGCAUUUGCUGAACAACGAUCCCGAAGAGCGAUUCUCGGCAUUGGCAACAGCUUUCUCCCCUGGAGAUGGACCUGAAGCCAAGGACCCCAAAGCUGUAUAUACUACUCCGAAAGAGCUUCACAGGUGGAUUAAGAUCAUGCUUGAUGCGUACCAUCUAAAUGCGGAAGAAACCGACAUUAGAGAAGCCAAGCAGAUGACUCAGCCUGUGGUUAUACAAAGGCUGUUCAUCCUCAAGGAAACUAUCGAACAGGAAUAUUUGGAACGAAGCACAGAGCAGGAGUCUCAAGCAGAGGGUGCUAAACCAGAGGAGUUCUAGUAGCACCCAUAUUCAUUAAUAGCUUUAUUCUGGACGUCAUCUUCUUGUUGGAGAAGAAUCUUAGUUAUUGAUGUACAUCUGGUGGAGUAGAUCGAGAAUCGGAUUGGAAUGCGCAAAUUUGACAGCAAAGUCCAAGCAUUGCAGAUUUGAACUUUGGUGUCCGAUAUGAGCCCGUGGCCAGCCGUUUUGAAGAGAACGUGUGACAGACUAGACUCAGUGCUUCACCCUGACAUAUAGGCAAUUGUAGCCGCAUUCUAAUGUUUACUAGCCCGAAACAGUGUUCUAAAUUUUGAACAACUUUUCGAUAUUUUGUUAUUUUCAUAUUUUGGUUGGUAUUAAGAUUCUUAACAAGCCUAGAGUUGUGUACUACAUUUCAUAUUAUUCAAUGAACAACUUUGAAGUUUACUUA